UCCUCCCUGCGGUGUUGAGCGCGCCAUUGCAGAGAAGCCAUGAAACCCUCCGCUGCAGAAAAAGCCUUGCACUCUGCCAAACUUCACAUAGAAGAAAUUAGAACCAAAAAGUUCUCCAUCGGAAAAACAAGGAUAAACCCCUUAACUCUCGACCUCCACCACGCCGUCACUAGCCUCUCUGCUGAGCUCUACCAGAAAGACAUCCACUUUCUAAUGGAGCUCAUACAGAAUGCGGAAGAUAAUGAAUACAAAAAAGGGAUUGAACCGACGCUGGAAUUUGUCCUGACAAAGAAGGACAUAACUGGCAGUGGAGCUCCGGCUACUCUGCUUGUUUUUAACAAUGAGGUCGGAUUUUCCCGGAGCAACAUUGAUUCCAUAUGCAGUGUAGGCCGUUCUACUAAGAAGGGGAAAAGACAUCUCGGGUUUAUUGGAGAAAAAGGAAUUGGGUUUAAAAGUGUGUUUCUUGUAAGUUCACAACCUCACAUAUUCAGCAAUGGAUAUCGAAUCAAAUUCAGGGAAGAACCGAACAAAGAUUGCAGUAUUGGAUACAUUGUUCCUGAAUGGGUUAGUGGGGAGCCUACUCUUUCGAGCAUACUUGAUGUAUAUGGUGCCACCAAGGUCGUGCCGGCAACUACAAUUGUCCUUCCUUUAAAGCCUGAGAAGGUUGAAACAGUGAGGGCACAACUAUCGGGUUUGCAUCCUGAGCUUCUUCUUUUCUUAUCCAAGGUAAACCGGGUAUAUGUACGUGGGUGUGAUCCCAAAGCAGCCAAUGGUGUCUCCAAAAUUUCUAUAUGCACCGGGACUGAUCUUAUGAAUGUCCGUGAUAAGACUGCCAAUGCACGUGUUGUUGAACUUUCGGUUAAAGAAAAAAUGGGUGCCAGUGAGGAGAAGUGCAAGUAUUACUUAUGGAGACAGGCAUUUCCAGUAAAACCUGCUAAUAGAGUUAAUACUAGGAUGAAUGUCGAGGAAUGGGUGAUCACUCUUGCUUUCCCAUUUGGAAACAGACUGAGAAGAGAUACUUCUUUUGUCGGUGUAUUUGCUUUCCUGCCUACGGCCAUGGUUACAAGCUUUCCCUUUGUAAUUCAAGCUGACUUCAUCCUUGCUUAUUAAAGAGAAUCAAUACUUUUGGAUAAUGUAUGGAAUCUGGG